AUGGACAUCAACAGAUACAACACUAUUCUGCACCUUGUGGCAACCAAAACCGAACCCAAUAGCAUCCAAUGGAUUCUGAGAAGAGCCAAAGUACUCCUUCAUCAGCGCAACACCCAUAGCGAGACUCCAUUGGAUGCUCUACUGGGAAGCCUUGAGAGCGAUAGGACAACACGUCGCUUCAACGCUUUGACCGAAGAUAUUUCAGAUAGGUUCUCAGGCUUCGAUUGCCUGAUCUUUCUUAAUGGUGAUACGGAAGUGACUGACGUCGAUCGGUAG